GUCAUUUAAUUACUCUAAUUUGUUUUAAAAAAAAUGUUAUUCACAAUGCGUUACUCUUAUGGUAUUGCAUAGAUUUAAUUUGAAGGUGUUGAUAGGGGGCGCUUAAUCAAAAAUGAUGGAGGAAAACGGACAAAAGAAGAGGAGAAUCGUCAUCAUCGGCGUCUCUGCCAUCUUCCUAGUGGCUGUGGUCGUAGCGGUCGCAGUUGGUGUCAACCUAAAUAUAAAAGGUGGUUCCAACGAUGAUGCACAAGAUAACAAGUCCCACGUUGCUUCCUCUGUGAAAGCGGUGAAAACCCUUUGCAAACCCACGGAUUACCCGAAAGAAUGCGAGAAAAGCCUGAGUGCAGAAGCUGGGAACACCACGGACCCAAGAGAACUCAUUAAAAUUGCCUUCAACAUAACCAUUAAGAAAAUAGGUAACGGGCUCAAGAAAACGGAUAUCAUGCACAAGGUUGAGAAUGACCCUAUAUCCAAGAUGGCACUUGACACAUGCAAGCAACUCAUGGAUCUUUCCAUUGAUGAAUUCAAGAGGUCACUCGAGAGAAUGGGAAAGUUUGAUCUCAACAACCUCGACAACAUCCUCAAUAGUUUAAGGGUGUGGCUUAGCGGUGCAAUCACGUACCAAGACACAUGCUUGGAUGGCUUCAAGAACACCACCAACGAAGCAGGGAACAAGAUGAAGAACCUGUUAACGAGUUCCAUGCACAUGAGUAGCAAUGCCCUUGCCAUCAUCUCAGAGGUUGCAGACAUUGUUGCGAAAAUGAAUGUGAACAAAGAUGGGCAUCGCGAGCUUGUUGAGGAUUCUCGUGGGGGUGAACAUGUUUUUGGUCACGAGGAGGUUAUUCCCUCGUGGGUUGAGGAGGAUGGUGUUGGUGUUCGUAGAUUACUUCAUGAAAGUCCUCACAAAGUCAAGCCUAAUGUGGUUGUGGCAAAAGAUGGUAGUGGAAAGUACAAGAGCAUCAACCAGGCAUUGAAGAAGGUGCCUGCGAGGAACCAAAAGCCAUUCGUGAUUUAUAUUAAGGAAGGUGUUUACCAUGAGUACGUUGAAGUCACUAAGAAAAUGACCCAUGUGGUGUUUGUGGGUGAUGGUGGCAGCAAGACACGAAUCACCGGCAACAAAAACUUCGUAGAUGGAAUUAAUACUUACAGAACAGCCUCUGUCGCAAUUCUAGGAGAUUACUUUAUAGCCAUCAAUAUAGGGUUUGAGAACUCUGCUGGCCCCGAAAAACAUCAAGCAGUAGCCAUAAGGGUCCAAGCAGACAGAUCAAUUUUCUAUAAAUGCUCAAUGGAUGGGUACCAGGACACAUUGUAUGCUCAUGCCAUGCGUCAAUUCUAUCGGGAUUGCACCAUUUCAGGCACCAUUGACUUCGUGUUUGGUGAUGCGGUGGUUGUUUUCCAAAACUGCACUUUCGUGGUCAGAAAGGCAUUGGAAAACCAACAAUGCAUUGUGACGGCACAAGGCAGAAAAGAGAGGCACCAACCAUCAGGAACAGUGAUCCAAGGGAGUUCCAUUGUGUCAAAUCAUACAGAGAAGUUUGAUAACAAGGUUUACCUAGCGCGUCCAUGGAAGAAUCACUCGAGAACCAUCUUCAUGGACACUUACAUUGGGGAUUUGAUUCAACCCGAAGGGUAUAUGCCAUGGCAAGGACCAAGUGGCCUUUCGGGUAUGGAUAGUUGUUUCUAUGCCGAGUACAAUAACACUGGUCCUGGCUCAAACAAAUCCAAGCGUGUAAAAUGGCGCGGGAUCAUGACCCUCACCUUAGAAUCCGUAAGCCAUUACUUACCAUACAAAUUUUUUCAUGGAGAUGAUUGGAUUAAAGUCACUGGGAUUCCUUACUCCUCUGCUGUCACAGCCCCCAAUAAGCACUAAUUAUCUUUCUUAGGGAGGAGCAUCCGUGCUAAUAUGCAUCCAGAGACUAGUUAUUUUUAAUGCUUGUGUCUUUCACAUUUAUUUUAUUUGUUUCAAGUCUUGUAUAUACUGUAAUUUUGCCACAGUUCCCACACUGCAGAUAGAUGCUUAUCUUCCUGCAGGAUACAUAGAAU